AUGUACUACAGGCACGCAGACCUCGCCCAGGCCAAGCAGUUCCUUGAGGACUUUGGCAUGCACGUCGCCUACACCGAGAACGACGGCAAGAAACUCUAUUUCGCUGGUGAAGGCCCCGAGGCUUAUGUUUACAUUGCCGAGCAGGCCGAAAAGAGCGAAUACAUGGGCGGCGCGUUCCUUGUCGAGUCCAAGGAGGACCUUGAGCUCGCGACCAAGCUCAUCCCGGGGGCUAGCAAGCUCCAUGCCGCCGGACCUGCUGGUGGCUACCGUGUCACCUUCCAGGACCCAGAUGGAAGCCCCGUCAACCUGGUUUGGGGCAUCGAGGAGACGGGUCCCAACAAGUCUUCGAUUUCGACUCCCGCCUCCAACCACCCACUCGACAAGCCGCGCCUGGGUACCUUUGUUAGGUACGACAAGCAUGCCCCUUGCCCCGUCUUCAAGCUUGGUCACUUUGGUCUUCUUGUGACCGACUUCCAGCGCUCGUAUGACUUCUUUACGAAGCACUUCAACAUCAUUCCCAGUGACUUCCUCACCAACGACGCAGGGGAGAAGGUUGCUGCCUUCUGCCGUAUCGACCGCGGCGAGGAGUAUGUCGACCACCACUCGUUCUUCUUCGAGGUGAACCACAUCAGGACUGGCACCCACCACUGCUCCUUCGAGGUUCAGGACCCCGAUGUUCAGGCUAUUGGCCACCACCUUCUGGCCAAGAAGGGAUACAACCAGGCCUGGGGCAUGGGCCGCCACAUUCUCGGCUCGCAGAUGUUUGACUACUGGUUCACCCCUGACGACUUCCUCCUCGAGCACUACUCGGACAGCGACCAGGUCAACUGCCACAACCCCCCGGGCACGCUCCUCCAGUGCGAGGAGACCAUCGCCAUCUAUGGUCCCUCUAUUCCGAAGGGUUUCGGUGAUGCUAUCCCCGUCAUUUCGGGCAAGGGUCCCGCUGCUUAG